GUCAGCAGAGUUGACCAGUCACUAGUACUCGUCGGAAAAGGGUGUGUUGGCGGGGGGAGGACUGAAGUUCGCACAAUGUUAUUUUGCUUAGUGCUGGCGGCUUUCUUCCUGGUGUCGGUGACUGAGGCAGACGUCCAAUCCACUACAUUUCACCUGCUGAAGCAAGACGCGAAACUGUGGCCCCUGGCAGGAACCGGGAGGGAUUGGGUGAAGACGAGGAACGCGGUGGAUUGCGGCUCCAUCUGCCAUUCCCUUCGACCGAUUUGCAAUGCAUUCAACUGGCAUCCUGGAAAUUUCACCUGUGAGUUCGUUAAAACUCCGAACGUCACGUUGCAAGAUGCCCCUGGUGCGAUGGUCUACGUCAAUUCAUCCAGCGUUUGCGAGACGCCUCCUCCUCCGAUGGCGAAUCGAACGCUGAAUUUCUCUCACGGAUGGAACGGCAGCCUCCCGGCGCCCUUGCUCUCGGAAGUCUCGUAUGACUGCCCGCGGCAUUCCCGUUGUCCACCUCCUCUCCCCCUCAAGGCCAAAUGCGUCGGCUUCAACGCUUGGGAAAUCUUGAAUCUGAACGUCACGCCGCCCUGCGCGGGAACCGAAGGCUACCGCCUGUUUCUGGAAGACGGCCGAUUUUACAAGCGCUACCAGGGGCCAAUGAACAGGACUGAGGCGAGCCAGGUCUGCUGUGUGGAUGGAGCCCGACUCGCUUCCGACACGAACGUGACGGUCUACUCGGCGAUCAGAAGUGUCGCCCCCAACACCACCGAGGCCAUCGUUCAAGGCGCCACUGACGAACUCGUGGAAGGCACGUGGAUAUACGAAGACCCAAGCUUCCUGCAGGUGAACAACACGCCGAUCACAUCCUAUAUCUGGUGGGGAACGAACUCCAGCCUCCCGGUGGGCCAGCAGAAAGCGCCGAACGGAGGACAAAACAAGAAUUGCCUCAUUCUCUUGGGAGUUUAUUGGUUCGACAUCCCUUGCGCUACGAGGCUCCCAUUCGUCUGCCAGUACUAUUGA